UGGCGGCAGCUCUCCACGCAGCUCCCGCUCUUGUCGCCACUCGUUGACUGUCGGUGACAUCAGACCGGAAGUCCUCGGCGGCUCCUGUCUCUGCUCCGGAGUUUGGUUUUUUCCUCUUUUCUCUUGUUCUCGAGUUUAAAACACUAAAGUUCUUUCACUUCGAACAGACGGUAAAAGACGGAAAUGGAGGAAUUUCACAACGGAAACGAGGGCUCCUUCAACUCUGACGAGGCCGAGAACGUCGUCAAGGAGUGCAUCGAGAGCGUCGUGGGCGCUGACGACUACAGUCAGAAUCAGGUGAACAAGUGGACGGCCGGCAUCGUGGAGCGCUGCCUCACGCAGCUGGUCAAACAGGGGAAAUCCUACAAGUACAUCGUGACGUGUGCUGUGAUGCAGAAAACAGGAGCAGGACUCCACACGGCAAACUCCUGCUACUGGGACACGGCCAUGGACGGAAGUUGCACAGUGAGAUGGGAGAACCGCACCAUGUACUGUGUGGUCAGUGUGUUCGCUGUGGCUGUCGCAUAAAACACACACACACUCAUAAAUACACACAAAUGAACCAAAAAGAAAUCCACCAGAAGAGGAAUGCAGUGUGUCCCUAUGAACAGCAGGGGGGGCCAGCGAGUGCCUCAACCUGCCAGCUGUUUGUGCCACAGAGAAGAAAACAUCUGGAUUUUCUUCAGAUGCAAGUAACACGUUCAUCUCAGCGUAUUUAUGUCCUCACGUCACUGCAGCGCUUCAACAGCUUCACCUUAUUUAUCACAGACGCCUGAAAACCUGCAGCCGCUCGACGCCGCUCGCUCACAUCGACCCUCGUUCGCUUGUUAUUUACGUCAUGUCACAUUUACUGCAGGAAAAUAAACAUGAGAUUUCUGAGCAACAA